AUGGCAAAGAGUGAUGAGAGGACGAGUCUUACUCGGCUAGCCAUUGUUAAUUUUGAGCUUUGCAAGCCAUCGCAAUGUGCAUCCGAGUGUAGGAAAGCGUGUCCUGUGAACAAGACAGGAAGGGAAUGCAUAAAGAUAGAGAAGAAGUCCAUAAUAUCGGAAGUCUUAUGCAUUGGAUGCUCUGCAUGCCAGAAGAAAUGUCCCUUCAAGGCAAUUUCUAUAAUCAACCUCCCGACAAGCUUAACCAAGGAUAUAACACAUAGAUACGGCAUGAAUGGAUUCAAGCUCCACAGGCUCCCGGUUCCAAAGCCUGGGAAGGUGCUUGGGCUUGUGGGCACAAAUGGAAUAGGAAAAAGCACGGCGCUGAAGAUUCUGUCCGGGGAAAUAAAGCCCAAUCUUGGUAAGUAUGACAGCCCCCCUGGAUGGGAAACGAUCUUAGGAUAUUUCAGAGGGUCUGAGCUGCAGGGGUACUUUACCAAGAUUCUUGAAGGACAGCUAAAGAUAACAUCCAAAAUCCAGUACAUCGACAGACUUCCAAAAAUGUUGAAGAAAAGGUUUAAUUCUGGAGUGAGGAAUACACUUGAGAGCCUCUCAUUGGACAACGAUAAGGCUGCAGUAGAAGACAGGCUACUUGUCAAGGAUGUUCUCGAAGAGAUGGACCAAAAGCAGAAGAAAGACUACUACAUAGACAGGAUGUGCCUCAGGAAUAUACUCAGCAGAGAUGUUGAGGAACUAAGUGGAGGGGAGCUUCAAAGAUUUUCCUUGGCAUUGGCAUGCAUGCAGCAAAGUGAUGUUUAUAUAUUCGACGAGCCCUCCAGCUAUCUUGAUGUCAAGCAGAGGCUUUCAGCAGCAAAAGAGAUUAGAGAACUCUGCGAAGACAAUAGCUAUGUAAUUGUUGUCGAGCAUGAUCUUGCAAUACUUGACCUUAUGAGUGACUUUGGGUGUGUGUUGUAUGGGCAGUCUGGAGCGUAUGGAGUGAUAACUGCACCAUAUGCCAUAAAGUCUGCAAUCAAUAUCUUUCUUGAUGGGUACAUACCAACCGAGAACAUGAGAUUUAGGCCUUCUGAGCUUAAGUUUGAUAUUUCGGAAAGGCCGACCAAGGAUGUUGGGAAAAGAGCACAGCAUUGGUACGGUGCCAUGGCAAAGACAUACGGGUCAUUCAAGCUUGAGGUGAAGGAAGGCACGUUCAGCGAGUCUGAGAUCAUUGUUUUUCUCGGGGAAAAUGGUAUGGGGAAAACCACACUUGUUGGAUUGAUUGCAGGGCUCAUAAAGCCCGACGAGGAGGAAGAGUUUACUGCCCUCAGCUAUAGUUUGAAGCCCCAGAAAAUACUUCCAAAGUAUAAAGGUACUGUCAGAGAUCUCUUCAUGUCAAAGAUAAGAUCCUCGUUUUUGGACCAGUCAUUUGUAAACGAUGUUAUCAAGCCGCUUAACAUUGAAUACACCUAUGACCAGCCUGUCCAGAACCUGAGUGGAGGAGAACUCCAAAGGAUUGCAAUAGCCAUGUGUCUUGGGAAGGAUGCAAACAUAUACCUUAUUGACGAGCCAUCAGCAUUUCUUGAUUCUGAUCAAAGAAUAGCAAUAUCCAAGGUCAUAAAGAAGUUUAUAUACUCCAACAACAAGACAGCAUUUGUUGUUGAGCAUGACCUUAUAGUUGGAACGUAUCUUGCAGACAAAGUGAUUGUAUUUGAGGGAGAGCCUGGGGUUUCAAGUGUGGCUUCUGCCCCAAUGGACCUCCUAGAAGGUAUGAACAUUUUCCUCAAGAACUUGGAUGUGACCUUCCGAAGAGAUUCAAGCAAUCUAAGGCCCAGAGUCAACAAGCCAGGAUCUGCAAAGGACAGAAUGCAAAAAGAAAACAACCAGUAUUUCUUCUCUUGA